CGGAACUGUGGGAGUUUUUUUGUCUUGUUCGCACGACAUAAAGAUCUUUGGCAGGUUACAGUAGCUGUUCUACUUCUUCAUCUCCCGGCGAAGCACCUGUCGCGGAUAUUCCGCUAAUAUCCAUGCUAGUUUCAUAACCAGCCCCGUGUGUAUCAUAUCAUGGGCAACUUGCUUUUUGGCGAUGCUGCUUGGGGACCGGGUGGGGCUGGUAGUGGAACAACGGGAAACUCGUUUUUCACGAGGCCUCGGACGCUCGAGGACGACUAUGAUGUGCAGCGGAUACGGCACGGACGGCGCUACCCGCUCGGGUCCGGCACUAUGGGUGAGGUCUGGCCGGCCACGCACAAGAGGUCGCGCGAGGUGCGGGUGGUGAAAUCCAUACCGAAGCGGGCCGCCUCCGCGCGCGCCGUGCAAAACGAGGUCGAGCUGCUGAAGCUUUGCCGGGAUUCCUGGGGCAUGAUGUUGGGCGGAUCAAGUUCACCCGGUCCAAGAGGAGCCGCCGCGUAUGGACGAGCCACCACGCGACCUCCGCAGCAGUCUCAGGUCGUGCGGGAAAUGCCGAUCGUGUACUACUACGAGCAAUUUGAGGAAAAGCUGCGGUGGCAUCUCGUGCUGGAGUGCGUCCCGACGACGCUGGAGGACCAUCUGGACUCGCCGUAUUUGAAGCGCGACGAGUCGUUGGUCGCCCUUUGGGUGGUGCAGAUGCUCGACGCCCUCCUCUUUCUGCACAACUACCUGAGCAUCGUGCACCGCGACCUGAAACCCGCGAAUUUCCUCGUGCAGGGCAGCCGGAUCAAGCUCGCGGAUUUCGGGGUGGCCAUGCGCGUCGGGACCAGCGGGCGGGGAGGUAGCGCAGCGUUGGACGCCGGUGUUCUAGGACCAGGGAUGAGCAAUCCUUUGCUGACCUCGGUUGCGAACCUAGCGUCCCAAACCGCUGAGUCCAUGACGACGAUGUGGCAGGAGCCGGGCGGCUGGCUGGCGCAAAAUCUGCAGGAAACUUUUACCGGGAGUGGCGUUUCCGACGCGGAUGCGGACGCGGAGAUCAUGCGACAAAUCGAGAAAAACUGGAAAGACCACGGAGCUACAAAUCAGGGGUGCGUUCAUGGUGCAGCAAAAAACCCGAACAUGUCCUUUGUCGACCCAAAUAACCAAAGCGCCGGAGGGGUCCUCGACUUGGUGUCAUCUUCUGAGAAAGAAAAAGCAAAAAGCGCCGAAAUAGCACAUCGGCCGCUCUCCUCCCAGUCGCCACAGAACAAGCUUGACGUGCAGCUCACGGAACUUGCCGGUUCCCCGGCCUACAUGGCGCCGGAGCAGCAUCGCGUCGCGCUCCGGCACGCGGACACGUCAUACUCGUACGGUGUGGAUGUGUGGGCGUUGGGUGUGGUGGUCUACAUACUGUUCACCAAUCAGCACCCGUUUACCAAGCCGGGGGAGACGAACGUGCGCGAAGCGCUGAAAACGGUACAAUGAUUUCUUAUGGUAGUUCGGACUCGGAGCUUUGUGACUCACUUAGCAUGAGGCUAUUAAUAUCAAAUAGCGACGCCAUGCUGCAGAUAGUCGAGUCGGGUUGUUCCAUCGUGCACAGUGUGACCGACGCACUGCAACUGUAUCUCGCUACUUAUUCCAAAAUGUUAAUGUUGACCUUAGGCGACGGCCACCAUGCAAGAGAUCGCGAGCGGCGGGGACGGCGCGCCCAUUCCGCCGCUGGAUAUCAAGGGCGAGCUUUCCAUGCUGCACCUGUUCAAUGCAGUGUUUCGUUACCCGCAGAAGAUCCCGGAGAUCGCGAGGAACUUUGUCGUGUCCGCCUGCUACCCAUGUCCGCAACAGCGGUGGAGUGCGACGAUGCUGCGGCGGCACGCCUGGUUGGGCGGCGAUUUGUAUGAAGAGGAAUUAGCAGAAAACUUAAAACUCGUUCCUAUGGGCACGCACGGCGCGUGGGAUACGUACGCGAAUGUGCCGCAUGGAAACGGUAUAGUUGCGGGCUGUUUCUGGUAUGACAUUUGUGACGCUCGUCUGCUGCGGUUCUAUUCGGCAUUGUUGGGUGAACAUCAAAUCACAGCUGCACUAAUUGUUUGAUGCUUUUUAUCACCUGCGCUCACUCGUCGCCCGCUACAACAGGUUUUGUCAAUCCGGUUAUCGCGAAGUGGGCGGCGGAUCCCCGGGAAGGUUGUUUCAUGGGAUGCGUGCACGAGUCCCGCGUGGGUCAGCGCGGAAGUGAGCAAAUAAUUGUGCCAGAGGAUCAAACGUGCUACCCGCAAACGUAUGACGCGAGCUGAAGAAUGAAGAUGAACGAGCUGAACAUCGAAACUUGUACGAUUUGUGAGUGUAUAAAAUACUCGAAAACUUACCGCCAUUCUAGUUUCAAGGUAGAAAAAUGUACGUCACCCCGACUGCGCAUGUAAGAUUUGAAGCUGAAUUCAAGAUAUCAAUCCACACGAAAAGUGCUUGCAUCGCACCGGAC